GUCGGUCAGAGGCACUGGGUGAUGUAGGGCUACCUUUGAGUGGGAGAAUCCGCUCUGGACACCAUUGCUCCGUGGGAUUACUCUGAAUGAGUUUGCUAUAAACAGCUUGACUUACAUAACAGCUAGUAAUUCAUGACGCGCGGUCGUUUCUGAGGACAACUUCAGAAAGGUGACUUAAAGAGCGCUCAUCAUGUCAGUGGUAGGCAUUGAUGUGGGUUUCCAGAAUUGCUACAUCGCUGUUGCAAGGAGCGGCGGCAUUGAAACAAUUACUAAUGAUUACAGUGACAGAUGCACACCGGCUUGUGUGUCUUUGGCCUCCAAAAACCGCAUGAUUGGAAAUGCAGCCAAAAGUCAAGUCAUAACAAACUUCAAAAAUACAGUCCAUGGCUUCAAAAAGUUCCACGGCAGGGCAUUUGAUGACCCAUUUGUCCAAGCGGAAAAACCCAAACUGCCUUACAGCUUACAUAAACUGGCCAAUGGAAACACUGGAGUUAAGGUGCGUUAUUUGGACGAGGACAAAGUUUUCACAGUGGAGCAGAUCACAGGGAUGCUGCUCAACAAGCUGAAGGAGACGUCGGAAAGUGCCCUGAAGAAGCCGGUGGUGGACUGUGUCAUCUCUGUCCCCAGUUUUUUCACAGAUGCUGAAAGACGGUCUGUGUUUGAUGCAACUCAAAUUGCAGGGCUCAACUGUUUACGGCUUAUCAAUGACACUACUGCUGUGGCGCUGGCUUAUGGAAUCUACAAACAAGACCUUCCAACUCCAGAGGAGAGGCCCAGAAAUGUGGUGUUUGUGGACAUGGGACAUUCAUCAUUCCAGGUCUCAGUCACCGCCUUCAACAAAGGCAAACUCAAGGUCUUGGCCACCGCUUUUGAUCCGUACCUCGGCGGGUGCAAUUUUGACGAGGUGUUGGUUGAUUACUUCUGUGAUGAGUUUAAGGUCAAGUACAAACUCAACGUGAGAGAGAACCCGCGGGCCCUGCUGCGGCUGCACCAAGAGUGUGAGAAACUGAAGAAGCUAAUGAGCGCCAACUCCUCUGAUCUGCCUCUGAACAUUGAGUGCUUUAUGAAUGACAUCGACGUCACCAGCAGGAUGAACAGGGUCCAUUUUGAAGAAAUGAGUGCUCAAUAUCUGAUGAGAGUGGAGAUGCCACUCAAAACGGCCCUUGAGCAAUCAAAGCUGAGCAGGGAUGACGUCUACGCAGUAGAGAUAGUCGGAGGAGCCACAAGAAGCCCAGCUAUCAAAGAAAGAAUCUGCAAGUUUUUCGGCAAAGACAUCAGUACCACGCUCAACGCAGACGAAGCUGUAGCGAGAGGCUGUGCGCUGCAGUGCGCAAUUUUGUCUCCAGCAUUUAAAGUGCGUGAAUUCUCCAUCACUGACGUGGUUCCCUAUCCCAUCACUCUUCGUUGGAAAUCACCAACAGAGGAUGGAUUAGGAGAGUGUGAGGUGUUCAGUAAGAAUCAUGCUGCUCCAUUUUCCAAAGUGAUCACCUUUCAUAAGAAGGAACCCUUCGACCUUGAAGCCUUCUACAGCAGCCCUCAAGAUCUUCCCUACCCAGACCACAGGAUAGGAUGUUUCUCUGUACAGAACGUGGUUCCCCAGCCGGAUGGAGACAGCUCUAAAGUGAAGGUCAAAGUGCGUGUCAACGUCCACGGUAUCUUCAGCGUGUCCAGCGCCUCUCUGAUAGAGAAGCAGAAAGGAGAGGGAGAGGACAUGCAAAUUGACUCUGAGCCAAUGGUGCAGAAUGAAGGCCGGCCCGAGGAUCAGACCAAAAUGCAGGUGGAUCAGGAAGGCCAAAACCAGGGGGACCAGCAGAGUGAGGACAGCAGCUCCAGCAGUAAGGAGGGGGCUCCUGGUGAGAAGCAGGACCCAGCAGCAGGGGGAAGCAAACCCAAAGUCAAGGUGAAGAGUAUCGAUCUUCCCAUUGUAGCCAACAACAUUCGACAGCUGGAGAGCGAUGUCCUGACCAGCUUUGUGGACUAUGAACGUCAGAUGAUUAUCCAGGACAAACUGGUGAAAGAGCAGAAUGAUGCUAAAAAUGCUGUGGAGGAGUAUGUUUAUGAUCUGCGAGACAAACUCUGUGGGAUGUAUGAAAAAUACAUCACCGAGGAAGAAAGUAACCGGCUGACGCUGAUGCUGGAGGACACAGAGAACUGGCUGUAUGAGGAAGGAGAGGACCAACCCAAACAAGUCUACGAGGAGAAGCUCGGGGCGCUGAAGACUUAUGGUCAGCCCAUUCAGGACCGGCACAGAGAGCACGAGGACAGGGGGGGUGCUUUUGAAGAAAUGGGAAAGAAACUGCAACUCUACAUGAAGUUUGUGGAUUGCUUUAAACAGAAGGAUGAGCGAUACCAGCAUCUGACUGCAGAGGAAAUGAGCACAGUGGAAAAGUGUGUGAGUGAAAACAUGGGCUGGAUGAGCAGCAAGAUGAACGCACAGAGCAAACUGGGUCUAACCCAAGAUCCUGUAGUUAAAGUAGCAGACAUCAUUUCCAAAAUACAGGAGCUUGAGGAUGUGUGUAAUCCAUUGAUCAACAGGCCAAAGCCAACAGUGGAGGAGGCCCCUGAAGCAAAUGACCAAAGCAGUGGAGCUCAUAACGGCCCAACAGCAAAACAAGGAGCAGAAGGGAAGGGAGAGGCAAAGGGAAGCCAGCAGACAAAACCUGGAACGAAGGAGAUGGAGGUGGACUGAGACCAGCAGCUGUCGCCGUGUUUAUCAUAACUGACCACUUAGACCAUAGAAACAUGAAUACCUGGGACCAUCAUUCCCUUUCAUCACCAGUCACUUUGUGGAUUUGUUUUCUGUGCCGCCUUCCCCUCUUAGUUGGACUUUACCUAAUGAGGUUUCUGUUUUCACCCUUUCAUCCUUGUGUGUGAAAAAGGUGUGCUUUACUCUCUCAAAGGUUUGACAUCUUUAAUAAAUGAAAGAAUGAUGCAGUA